UGCGAGGUCUGAGCCUGUACUGGACUAAAAGGGGCAGACGUACCGCUCAAAUAAUCAAAUUCAGCAUUUAUCUCGGAGAGAGCAAGACAGCUAGCCCAAGAUUUAAAAUACAGUACAAUGGCCAAGCUUUCUUAUUCAGUGCUCUUCGUAUGCACGCUUGCUUUGGUGCAGACCAUUAGUGCCUUUGUUAUCAUAGAUACAUGUGAUGAGGAGCUUCCGACAAAUUGUUGUGAUGGAAAGAACGGUACCAUUACAGCCCCGUCUAUGUGGCCAGAUGACCAAAGUCCAGCCGGUGGACCUGCCGCAAAUACCGAAGCUGUGGUCUGCGCCUUAAACAGAACGUCCCAUUGUCUGGUGUGUCGCCUGAACCAGACUGCAGGUUUGAUGAAUAUAUCGAAGUGUUGUACCGCCGGUACCAACGAGUCAGAUGACACGAUGUUCGGUGGGCCCUUACCCUUGAACGAGUACCUCAUUGGAAAAUGGAGAAACUUUACUACCGAGGACAUGUAUUACGACUGGUACGACCUCUAUCCCAGGCACGAAGAUCCAUCUACUCAACGCUAUUACCAUUACGACGAACCCACAGCAACUGGAAGGUCGGGUUUGAAUCUCCAUCUUGGGCAAAGAGUUUAUGAAUGUCAAACUACACUUCCAGCUACUGGUGAGAAUGACUGCUGGGCACAAACCAUGGCAGUCUUGGACUUGGGGAACAUGACAUACAACGGCACUGAUUAUAGUGGUUUCCUGUAUGUUUUAGACGCGUAGAUGAACUACAACAGUCACAUUUCGGGUUGGUAAACAACGGAUCCUUAGAAAAUAAUUGUUUCCAAUAGGCUAGAAAGUUUCUCUGAAAAAUAAACGACUUCUAUGAGACAGCUAUAAUUCAAAACUAAAAAAACUCGAUCUUAGGUUUAUAAAGCACUUGAGAAAAACGUGAUCGGCACCCAACGCCUCCGACAAUUUUAAUCAUAUUGUAAAUAAAAUAACAACACUUGGCCAUUCAACGAACAGCUUAAGUUGAAAAUGACGUCAUUGCAAGGACUCCCCAAAUUGAACACAUCCAGACCAACAAUAACAACAUAGAAAAGUUAGUAUUGUUGUCCUGUUGUUGGACCACACUUUCCUUUCCACUAAUUGUCGGGAUGUCAGCCUGUUUUUGCAGGUAGUCGGUGGAAAAGAAACAAAAAUAAUUAAACCCCCCUCCUGCCCCCGCCACAAACUGAAAACUAGGUUUAUGCUAAACAACUUGUUUGGUUUUAAAUGGCACAGCCUAGAGGUCUUAUAGCUAUUCGGUUUUCACUGUCAUUGAUUAAAGAAAACAAAACGUAGUGGCAUAAUUUGCAAGAAUGGUAUGAUACACAGAGAAACUCAAUUUAUACACUGUAAUUGGAGUGAUUGAUGUGAGGACACUGUAAUUGGAGUGAUUGAUGUGAUGGAGAUAAUCUCUCAUUAUUCAUGUUAUUUUAUGUAGAACUUUACUAUAUAUAAAAAUUUGACAAUCAAACUUUCGUCAAAUAGUUUACCGCCAAUGAAUUUCUGGAGGUGAGUUUUUUCUGUUAUGAGUUUAAAAUGGAAUGUUCCGUUCAGUCAGUGAUGUCAGCCGGGUUGAAUUGAACAUUCCAUUUGUUAACGUUUAUAAAAUAAUCCCCUAUAACUGCACAAAUAAAAAACAAUCAUUGUUAACAAUAUUUUAUGAUGACACCCUAAUUGUUGUGUUUCAGAUGUUUUUAAAAACUCCUGUAUCGGAGAAGAAUAUUGGUUUAUAUCCUUAUAGCCUACUGGGAUGACACUGCUCUAGAAUUACAAAGGUCCUAUUUAGGUCCGAAUAAUAUGCCUGUGAUUUUUUUUCACAGAACUCCAUGAAAUGACUGAGUAUGUACAGGGCCAACACCCAUCAGUGUAGGGAAGUCAACCCAAAUUAAUGUAUGUGUUGUUGGAGAAUAAUCUGCAUAACUGUAUAGACAAGGUUACAUUUUAUGUUGUUGUGGGUUGUUCACUCAACCUCAUCGUCCAUGGUUCAGACUGGGGAUGAACGUGUAGGCUGGUUUGCAAAAU